ACGUCUCUGUUGCAGCAGAGUUUAGAGCAGAGGAGAGAACAAGGAAGCAACAUGUGCUGACCGCAACAAGUCCAACACAGCAGCAUAGGCAGCCACGACGAGACAGGAGACACGAGAGACACUGGAGAGGACUUCCACGGACUCUGCGUAUGAACACUGUGGACCACAUGAACAACACCAUGAAAAGAGAGGUGAAGGCUGGAGUGAACUUCCUCAAACGCUUGGCUGUGGCACGAGGAAAGCUCGACGAAACCAAAGCAGAACUGUUUGCUGAAAAGCUACAGAAAGUGUUGUGUGAUAAAUAUGAAGACCACUGGUACCCUGACAGCCCCAGCAAAGGACAGGCAUUCAGAUGCAUCCGGAUAAAUAAAGGAACACCAUGUGAUGAUGUGGUGCUGAAAGCAUGUGAGGAGAGUGAGCUCACACUCAGCGAGCUAGGCCUUCCAUCUGAGGUCACGCUGUGGAUUGACCCACUGGAGGUGUGUGCGAGGUCUGGAGAGAACGGAAGGCCUUUCACAAUAGCCAGUUUCACAGAGGAAGAUGAAGAUGACGAAGACGUGAAGGGAGACCAGGAUGACUCCUCUGUGGACUCGACAAACCUAGAGACGUCAGAUUAUCACUCUGCUACCUCAUCAGACUGUGGUUCGGCUGCGUCCAGCGACACUGAGGAGGAAGCUAAGGAUAGCGAGGUAGAGGGAGAGCAGGAAAAAGAAGAGAAGGAUGUGGUCAAGAAGGAGACGGCAGAAGGGGACACCUACACGAUAGCAAUGGUGCCCAGAAUACGGAAGCGAUACGCAGACGGACCCAAUAAAGUGAAAUACGUCAGAAAUACGCUCCCUGCCAGUCUCCAGUACUUCUACCACCCUGCACCAGUUUGGCCCCAGUACAAGAAGGCUGCCCCAGUGUUCCUCACCACAGUGUGUGCACCUCCACCACCACCGCCUCCACCCCAGCAACUAUUUGGAUACUACAUCUUACCACAGCCAACUCCACAGUUCAUCGUGCCUCAGGCCACUCUGCAGCCGUGGGGCACAGUAAAGAGUUAAACCCCCCCUCCCCCCAGGCACUGUGACGUGAAGGCGGUCAGGGCAUUAUAAGCUCCUCAACUGAGCCACAUUUCUACUUUCAGUUACACUUGGGCCAAGAAACCUUUUUUUCAGCUGUACAGCUCAGUUAUUCCUCGCACAAUCUGUAUUAAUUCCUCUUUUCUUUUUAUUUAUAUUGACUUACAAUUCAUGCGUUGUGCUCUCAGCCCAGAUACGCCACUGAACUCCUGUGGAAAGGGUUGCAUUUAAUGAAAUCUAUCAGAGCUGCACUGAUAAUUUUUCUGUACUGUACAAAUCAGAAUGACUACAAUCACUAGGUGCUUGGACUAACUCAGGAACUUUCAGCAAUACGCUUAAUGCCAAAUUACUCUUUCAGGUGAUAUUUUGGUUUUUCUCAGUUCUCUAUUUGCUGCCAAAUGGUGGUUUUCUGUUAAUACAUCAGUGAAUUAUUGUAAAGUAUGAUUCAGGGUGUUAAUCUGUAGUAGCUAGAUUGACUGUCUGUAUAUUAUAAAGAAUAUUUUUUACUUAACUGCUUGUAAAAAGUACAGAAUUUGUAUAGCACAGACUGACGCACUCUUUCUAAUCUUGUGGUCUUUUUUUUUUGUAAUUUAUUUGGCAGCCAGUGGAUGGCACUAUACUCACAGCUAAUACAUGAAAUUGUAUAUAUUUUUUUUAUAAACAGUGACUGCUGUGUAUAGUGUGUGUUAAGUGUGUUCAAUUACUGUAUUUGUUUUAUGGCCUUCUUAAUGCUGUUUUUAAUUUUUAAAGGAUUUUUACUGUAAAUCUGUGUGAAUCUGCUACACGUUUAUGCAUUUAGAAUUCAUGCACAUUCCAUUCACUGAUUUUGAACUGUGAUUUAUUUAAGUAAUUUCAUACAUAUUUAUCUGUGGAAAUUACAACUCAUGUCCAUGCAACCUUGAAGAUGAUCUGUGUGCACCUUUGCCUCUUAACUUUUGCUUUAUAUGCUUGUGUUGCAGAUAAUUAACUCAGCUCUAACCUAUAUUUUUAGGUUGUUUCCUUUGCAUUUUUAUUUAAACCACAAUUUUUUAUAUUUAUCUUUUUGGUUCUGCUUGAAAUGUUUCUAAUAAACAUGUUUUGACUCGACUUUUAA